AUCUGUCACUUUCGAGAAAAAUGCUUUAGUUGUUCUUAUUCUUAUUUAUUUUUUAAAGUUCAUGAAUAGGUUUUGUUUAUUAACUUAAUAAGUACGAAAUGAGAUGAAUUACCAUGGUACAUCAGACAGUUUUGCAAAAUUUUCUCUAGGUAGUGAUUUUUAGGUGAAAUAAUAAAUCAUGAAUCCAUAUAAGGAUCUGGAAGAAAGUUCGUUCACUGCCGCUCCUCACCUGACCUACGAAGAUAUUGCCACAAAAUUGCUGAAAGAUCACUAUUUUUUAACGGCUCUGGAACUGCAUACGGAGCUCGUGGAAAGCGGUAAAGAAUUGCCGCAAUUAAGGGAAUUCUUUUCUAAUCCAGGAAACUUCGAACAACAUGUUUCUAGAGCCUCAGAGUUUGUUUCUAUGCAUCGUUCGCCCAGCCAGGCGACAUUGGAUUCCCUCGACACCGCGCGGUACUCCGAGGAUGGUGGUGGGGACCGCGGUGGCAGUGGGGGUGAUGUGGCUGUCUUGGAAUUUGAAUUGAGGAAAGCAAAGGAAACCAUCCAUGCAUUAAGAGCUAAUCUAACUCAAUUUGCUGAUGGUGAAUCAGGGCUAGACAAAAACUCAAAGGACCCAUUCAACAAGCGUUCCCUGAAACCCCAUGAGCGCAGAGCCCUCAACUUCCUCAUUAAUGAGUACCUGCUGCUCCAGGACUACAAGCUCACCUCUAUCACAUUUUCUGACGAAAAUCCUGAUCAGGAUUUCGAAGAUUGGGAUGACGUAGGUCUAAAUAUGCCGCGACCCUCAGGUCUAAUGUCCCUUUUCUGGGGAAAUUCUACCAUAAAUGUCCCAAAGACAGAUGCAUGUACAGAAACGAGCUGGCAAUGUUCGGAUAUGGAAUGCCAGACUGACUGUGAUGACAAUGUGUGUGUUAGUUGUCAGACGUCGUUUCAGACUGAUACUGAUUGGAAUCAUGAGAUACUUAUUCAAGCAGAAGAAAUAGAACUCCUUAAACAGAAAAUCAUACUACUAGAAACAGAAAAAUUAAACUUUCAGAAAUUAUAUGAUGCCGCCAUAGUUAGUCUAAACUCCUUAACCAGCCCGGGCUCUGAGAGCAAAGGUCUAGAACUCCACAUACCAGAAGAGAAGAUGACCCAGGUUAUUGAAACAAUUGAAAGUAGGCCUUUGCCCUGCACGGCAACGGAGAACCAUUAUGGCAGUGGGCAGUCUACCCACAGUGCUACUCCGGACCAGUUUGAAAUGAUUGACAGUGAGAAGAAUAGUGCAAUUGUAAAAAAAGAAGGGUCAAACACCAGCUCAUUCGAGCCAGCGCUACUCGGUGACGUCACAAGCCGGGGCUCCCCAACGCACGGGAGCGUCACGACACUCGACGACACGCUCAGCAUGAACUACGCGGCCGAGUGGACCCGCGUGCACUACGACUAUGACUGCAAGGAGAUGUGGAUCGACAGCGGUCUACCAAACACCCUAAAGCUGUCCUUAAUAAACUGGUGCAGCGAGACUCUGAGCUUGAACGAGCCUUUAACGAACGAGUUAUUGGCCGAGCUGGUGAACAGCGACAAACCGGUCACGCUUUCAGAACUGCUUACGUUGGUCGCUGAUACAAUGCCUAAGGUGCUACCUCACACGCUUGUGGCUCGCCGUUGCGAGGCGGCGGCUCUGCUGGCGAGCUGCGCGGCGCUCCUCCCGCCAGGAGACGCGAGGCGGGCGCGCACGCUGCAGACUCUGCUCACGCUAGUGAAGAAACCCGAGCCGGCGGAUACACGUGCAAUUUGUGAAGCCUCAUGUGUAAUAGUGAAAUGGGGCGGCGCGGGCGAGGUCCUAUCAUCCGUCGCCGAACUCCUCGCCUCACGGUCCACCGAGCGUCGUAUCCUAGCCAGCCAAAUAUGCGUAGCCAUAGCCCCAUACGUACCCAUAGAGUUAUGCACAUCUUUACUACUCAGCCUAGUCACAUUAAUGUGCGAAUCUAGUGAACCAGAAAUACGAAGUAUUGGGCUAAAGUCUGCGUGUUUAAUAUGUCCUGUGGCCGAGCAUAAGUAUGGACAGUUGGAGAAUCUCAUGUUUAGUUUUUUGAAGGACCCGGUGGAUAAGAAUAUCAAAGAUGCUGUUAGAAUAUUUGUUCCCCUGUUGGCGAGGAGCGCCUUAAUUUCAGGCAAAUUCUCAACGGAAUUAUGCACACGAAUAUUAUCGAAUUUGAUAAAAGCAAGCAAAGAAAACGAAUCAAAGAGUGUUAUAUUAUAUUUAGAAGUAAUGAGAGUAUUAGUAUUAUCGAAGCUGGCCUACGUAGUGAAUGUACAAAUGGUUAGAGAAGUUACCCCUAUCUGUGAUACGAGUGUUAUGUUACAAGAUGUGUUAUUAGAGAGUGAGCAGGAUAGCUUUAUGGACCUGCAGUGCUAUUUCACGGAGAAUGUGGACGCCAAAGGAUUGUUGGUCGCGAUGAAUAGUUUAUUGUUGAAGGAGGAUGUGAGAUGGGCGGAGUUGAAUUGGUUUAUUGAUAUAGUUAAACAAAUUUUAGAAAUAGCAGCGAACGGUAAAGCGCUGAACCACCCCACAAUAUACGAGCUCCUAAUAUCGCUGUUCAGCAGUUACGUAGACAAUUUCGGCGCUCAGUUCGCACUUAGCAUACUCACGCCUAUAUUUAUGGAAAUAAUAGUGGGGUUGGAGCAGAAAAUGGAGAAGCUUCAUAGUGUGAAUGUGGAGUAUACUGUGGUUGUGGGUGUGUACCUGGUGGCCGUGUUGCCGGCGCAAGGGGACCUUAGGCAACAGGCGGAGUUCCUACAGAAGUGGAUUGUGUAUGGCAGUAUCCGUGGGCUUCCCGUAAAGAUGUUCUCCAUCCCCUUGAAGUGGUCGGCGAAGCACAGACCGCUCCUGCUGGACUCUUACUUACAACACCUUAGAGAAUUCACAGUCCACAGCAGCGCCGGCAGCCGAGUGUAUAUCAGUACCUUAUUAGCAGAGCUUCUUAGUGUAUGUGACGUGGACGAAGGCAGCAUAGAGAGGCAGCUUAUUCCCGCCGUUAUGGCGCUGCUCAACGAUGACGACGCUUCGGUCCGAGAAUCAGCCAUCACAUGUUGGGGCAGCGUAACCCGCGCCUGCCUUAUCCACGGGUACACCAGCGAAGCCCAAUGUUGGCCGUCCAUGGAACACAUUAUAUCAACUGGACGACUUUCUGUCAAAGAAGUCGCUCGCGCUGCUGAAGCGUUGGCGCUGCUGGUGCUGCCUACUGCUGAGAACGCUGUCGUGUCUGAGAGAGCGGUGUCCCUCCUGUGCACUCUGGCGGGGCUAUGUACGUCACCGGAGGGCGUGUGCGCACUAACGCCGGGCCUGCAGCUGGCAGCGCACCACGCCGCGCACCACCCCGCACUGCUACCAGCCCUAAGAAAACUGGAGGAGAUCGUCCAAACCCCCGGCUUCACUCAGUACAAGCCGUCCAUCGAAGUCCUCCUGCACAAGGUGCCGGGCGCGGCGCCCCGCGAGCCGGCGCCGACGCCGGCGCGCGGCGCCAACAUGGCGGCCGCGCACGAGGUCGGCCGCCGCGUCUCCAUCAUGUUCCAACAGAAGACCAACAUGAUGCCGAAUAUAUUCAAAAAGAAGACGUAAACAACGGCACGAUCGGCUAAAAUUGUUUCAUAAAUCACUAAAUCAAAUUUUACGAAAAUAUAUUGAAAACAAAACGAGGUAGGUAAAUCAUUUUCAGCAGUACUGAUAGUUCCGAUACUUGA